AUGCCCCGCGCCGCGCCGGCUACGGCCGCGUUGGCCGCCGCCACGCUCGCGGUACUCGCCGCGCUCGUCGCAUGCGUAGAAAAAGAAUGCAUCGACUGGGAAGGGAAGUCUGUCCCCCACGGUCUGCUGUACGUGCCUGGCCCGGGAGUGUGUUCGUUGUGUGUCUGCUACCACUCUGAGCCUAUGUGGUGCAAGGCCAUUUACUGUGAUCCGCCUUAUUUCUGCAAAAAUUUCCGCGUCGGAGCACGAUGCUGUGAGUUCGAGUGCCUCGACCCUCCCGGUGAGGACGUGCGGUACAGAGAGAGGGAGCGACUCCGAGCCCUCAUCCUCUCCGGCAACUCCUCAGCACCUCACCAUGGACCCUCCAUGGAACUUAAAGCCGGGAUCUCCCUCCUCGCAGUAGUCGUCGCACGAUUCGUAUGAAACACGGACCAUGUAGACACUAACCAAUUGAAAAUUAUUUGAAAUCGAGGGAAUCAUUUGCCUGGCAACACUACGGUAAAAAGGUUUUAAUUUAUGGAAUGGGGACGCAAACUGAGUGACAUAAUGGCAGCACUGGCUGGCAUCGUUUGAAUUUCGAUCGUUUGUAAAGUAAGGCCAGCUAUGCCUAGUUUGUCAAUCCUUCCUAACUAAAUGCCAAAACUCACAAUCGAUUAUAAUUCGAUCUGCCUUUAACUUGUCCUUACGUCCUGCGUUAAAUGCGGGACCUCUAUUUCUCUAGAACUAUGAUUUUUCAUAUUCAGAGCACACGAGUGUACAUUAAUUACCAUUAUUAUUUCCGUUUACAACAAAAUGAAUAAAUUCGGACCAAUUUUAUGUAACCGAGUAGCAUCGUGUUGUUCUUUUAUUUUCUUUAAUUUGAAAAUGUUGAAUGUGAAAUGUAAAAGUAGGAUCGUUACGUAGUAUACAAUUAAUUCAUUCAAAAACGUUUGUGUUUCGGUAGAUAAACGAAAAAACUUACAAAGAAACCUUAUGAAAACCUCAUUUGUAUUCAACUAACAAUAAUGGUGCCACUAUAGUCGAGAGUACAUAGAGAACAAGCUAGGUCACGUCCCAUAAAAGAUGAAAUACAUGUUUCUCCCGGUCCAUAUGUAAAUUGUAAGUCCAUUAAUCAGUAGGAUAUAAUAGGGAUUCUUUAAAUGAAAAUCUAACUACAUUAUAUGAGUCACGCAUACAGAACGCAUGCCUAUUUCUUCACUUCUAAAAUACCUAUUUCACGUAGCUAGACACAUUUCGAAAUUGUAGCUUUAAAAUUCAUAUCAUCGGGGGUCCGAUUCUGUACGUUUUUGGCUACUGCAGUCGAGCGGGUUUACUCUAAUGCGGCAACUAGCUGAAAUGAAAUAGCGCCAAGCUCUAGAGAAACUAGUUUGAGUAAUUUUAAUAAGAAAAUGCUUUCAAGCAAACUUCAGGUAAAAAGCAAAGUGCCUUGAGAGACUCGAGGCAAAUUUUAUUAAAAAAGCUUAGAGUUUAUCAAAAAUUAUAUUAUAAGAACGUUUUAAAAAUUUCAAAUUCUUGUUAAGAUAUUUCGAAAUGUCAUCUUUGUAAAGUAAUACUCUUUACGAGUCUGAAUGUUUGGACAAUACUGGCUUGUUUAAAUUUCCUAUACCAAACGAGUGUUAAAAGUAUUUUAUACAAUAAGAGACAAAGUUAAUUCUGCUUUUCAACAAAAUAUUUACAGAAUCGCGCCCCAGCUAUUUAGUGUAAAAUAAAAUAGUGCAAUAAUACAUGUAGGUAACACAUCGGGAUACAUUGAUGAUAAUACAAUAAUUUCUGUUCGUAAAUAGUUGUGGUUCUUAAACGAUUUUCAACUCUAUAACACUAACAUAAGAGCUCUUAAUAACUCAGUCAAUUUAAGUUACAGGGAGUAUGCUAACGUAGCAAGCUACUUUUAUUUCUUUUACCAGUCUGGGUCAUGUCGUGUGAAGUCGCUAAUGAUGGCAGUUAUUAUCUUGAAAAGAUUUGCUUAUUAUAUUUACACGAGUAAAUCACUAUCUACUGAAAUUUAUACAUCUAUAUGUACAACUAUUAGUAAUGCUACCAUCAAAUACCUACGGGAAUAUCUUGGCAAGGAAGGAAAAUUGCAAAGAGCAAACAUCAAUCAAGAUCCCGCAAAAAAUAUGAAAAUAAAAAAACUAACGAACGAAACCAACAGGCAACGACAAAAAUGUUAAAAGCCAAUUACUUUUUUAUUGCAAACUUCACAGAUUAAUCUUGUACCAAGCCCUUGUAGACCGUUUAAAAAAGAAAACGCUGAGUCAUGAAUACGAACAUCCUCAUCAAGUUGAUGUAAUAUAUAUAGAAUCGAAUCGUUUUAAAUAAAGUGACCAGGGAAUAAAAAUAAUAAAAUUCUCUUCAGAUUUACCCAGAUAAAAAGAUCUGUCAGGGGUUUGAAAAAUAGUUAUCACGAAUAUCACGAUUAAUACAUAGUGAAGUGGUAAGUGGAUGAUUUAUAUCCAAAAACUUUUGGAAUACCUACAUCGGAGUGAUGAUACAGGAUUACAAGAUUGAUGAUGUUUUCAUAACCUGUAAUGUACGAUCAAGGCCUGUGUAAGUAGGUGAUAUUAUUUUACCUACACACGGCCACACAUCAAUCUAUACAAAACCAGUUUAUCCUGGUGUCGCGUCGCAUCAUCUUUCUGCACAUUUAACGUUCAGUUUAUACUGGUUAUGUAAAGCUCAAUGUGUAGCCGUGUUUACACCUAUGACGAAUUUGAUACUUAAGUAUUUCAACACUACCGAAUUUCGGGACUAUUUAUAGCUGUAGAUAUGAAACACCUGAUGUUUUAUUAUACGUUAACCGUUCUGUUUUUAAAUUAACGGCGCAUGUUAGUUUAUUGAUAACCGAUUCCAACGAAUAUCGAAUGAAGAAAAGUAUUCCAUGGCCUAGUUCAAAAUGCACUCAAAAUUAUUAAAAAUAUGUCCCACAUUAAAAAUAUUGGGUUACAAACAUUCCUGGGACCGAUUAGUUCACGCGAUUAUUAUGCAUAUGAUACACAAUUACUUAGCAACACUACGCCUUAUUAAAAUACAUUCGAAAAACAACGUUAUUCCCAAACACGAGAGAGUAGAAUCGUAUGAAAAGUUGAAAAGUGUAUUUGCAUGGCUGAGUGCUUUCUGUCCCUCGCGUGUUUGUGUUGUUUACGAGUAGAAAUACCUACCUCUGAUUGGUUACAGGUUACUGCUAGCUUUAUUUUAACCUUGACCACUUUCACAUAAGGAUAUUUACCACAGCUAAUUACGAAUACGAAUUUCUAGAAAUGGGUUUCGUUUAUGAGAAGCUAUUUAAGUUAUUAUAGGCACUUAUUACCUAGAUACGAAGGUACCAUAUUGCCUACUACCUACCGUGGUGUCGCACGAACAUGCUAUUCCAUGCUCCAUUUUCCCGACCAUUUUUCCAUCUUUUCCCUGACAAUAACAAACACAACUAAGAUUGAUCGGACUGUUAGUACCUAAUUGUUGAUAAACCUACAUAGUGCCCCUAUUUUUAUUUAGGGCAUUUAUCUAAGAUUCCAUUCCAAGACAAUUUUAAGUGGGUUCUUCGCUAACUAACUACCCACCCUUUCUAAAUGUUCUUGAGGUAACUAAAGAUAGAUAUAAUUGUAAUAAUGUCCUCUUGAUUUAAUAUUACAAUGAAUUUAGUUACGCUCCAUUUGGUAGGUACCUAUCUAACUUACUUUUACUGUUAUUUCUACUCUGCUAUUUUCGUUAAUAAACGAAUAAUUCGACCAAUAGGUCGAACUACUCUAGGUUUAGACCGACCUUGAUUAUUGUCUAUUGUUUUUCUUUUUUUUUAGAACUAAUUCAAAGUUUUUGUAAUGAGCUUGUCCUAUUUUCUCCAACGUUUCUGUACCUAGUGACUGGACAAGUUUAGAAUUCGAUUUCAAAAUCUGAAGUGUUUUCAAAUAUUGUUGUGAUUGAAUCUACAGUUUUAUUCGAAAAUAUAUAGGUCACACGCAGGGCAUGGUGUGGGGUACCUAAUUAAUGUUAAAAGAAAAAUAUACCUACAUGAAUAAUUGUUUGAAUCCUUAUCUUUAUACUUCAAGGAAAGCAAAAGUAGCCCCUUUUUGUAAACGAAACCCAUUGAAAUAAAGAAUGGAAUUGAAAUUAUUUAACGAACCAUGAUCAUUAACACUCAGUAGUUAGGUAAUUAUUAUAGCUAUUAAUUAAUUAUUAUAAGUACGGAGUAGCUCACCUAAGUGCGGGAUCAGAAUUAGAGGAAUAUUCUACAAUCUUCGUUCAAAAUGUAAAAUGGUCGUUAUGACACCAAUCGCCUUCAUUAUUGGUUUAAUUUCAUAACUUUUUCUAUGUCUUUAACCUUCAAGCGGGCGCGCGUAGUCGAAUCGACCGCGGUUAAUACAUUUUCGUUCGUAU